AUGGUGCUCUGUGCCAACCUGCAGGGUUUGAGCGACUCUGAAGAGGAGGGCCAGAGGAUGCUGCGCAUUGGGGGCGUGGUGGUGCGGGUGGACAGCAGCGGCCACGCCGCCCUGCAUGUCGGCGGCAACGGCGGCGGCGGCGGCGGCGGCGGUGGGCACCACCGGCGGCAGCGCCGCCGAGGCUCCGCUGGCAGCGUGCCGGUGCCCUCCAGCCAGCAGCAGGCCGCCCCCGGCGACUUCAGCAGCGGGUCGGGCGGCGACGAGAGCAGCGGCGGCGACGACAGCGGCCUUCCCAGCAGCGACGGCGGCAGCGAGCUGGGAGUUGGUGCCCGGGACCAAGCGAUGCUGGACUAUCUGGACAAUCUGGCAGCCGCCGAAGUGGCAGCAGCAGCAGAGGAGCUGGAGCAGGAGCAGGCGGGGAGCGAGGCGCAGCGCGGCAGCAGCAGCAGCGGCUCUCAGGCGGACGCCGAGGGCGGCGGUGAGGGCGGCAGCGCGGCCAAGCGGCAGCGCCGGCAGUACGAGCAGUACGAGGCGCUGCGCCGCUUCUGCGGCGUGGACAUGCAGGAUGAGGGACCUGUGGCUGACCUGGGCUGGCCAGGCAUGGAGGAGGAUGAGGACAGCAGCAGCGAGGAGGGCAGCAGCAGUGGCGGCGGCAGCCGCGGCGGCAACGAGUCAGAUGACGACGGCAGCCGCGGCGGCAACGAGUCGGAUGACGACGGCAGCAGCGGCAGCAGCAGCGGCAGCAGCAGCAGCGACGGCGGCGAGGGACGGGAUGGGAGCAGCAGCAGCAGCAUCGAUGGGGAGGAGCUGAUGGAGGCUGACCUGGCGCAGCUGAGCCUGGCUCAGCGGUACCCGGUGCAGGUGCGGCCGCAAGCGCCGCCGCUGCCGGGCCAGCAGCAGCAGGCCAAGCAGCAGAAGAAGAAGGGCAAGCCGGGCGUGAAGGGGGCCAAGGGCGGCAAGCUGGCGCCAGGCGAGCGCCGCGAGAAGAAGCGGCUGAAGAAAGAACGGAUGGAGGCCAAGCGUGCCGCGCGGGCGGCGGGGCGCGGCUUUGACCUGCCUUGGAUCAACCGGCAGCUGGAGGAGUUUGUGGCGCGGCAGGGAGACCUGCAGGCCUUUGGCCCCUUUGGCAAGCACGAGGGCAAGGCGGUGCAGCGGCUGGCCGCGCUGUAUGGCUGCCGCAGCAGCCUGCAGGGCAGCAAGAGCAACCGCAAGCUGGUGGUGGGCACCCAGCUGCUGCAGGCGCGUGCCGCCUCGCUCAGCCUGCUGAUUGGGCAGAUCCUGGCAGCGCAGACUGCGGCGGAGCGCUCCGGCGCGGCGCUGGACGGCAGGCUGGCAGCGGCAGUGGCGGGUGCCGACCUGGGCAGCGUCCUGCCGCCCUCGCUGGCAGCUGCCGAGGGGCGCGGCGGCAGGUGGGCCGGCGUGCGGCGCGGCAGCGGCGGCGGCGGUGGCCGGCAGCGGGUCGCCGCGGCGAGCGCCGCCAGAGGAAGCGACAACAAAGCCCACAAGAGGCGCAGCAAUCUCAAGCCGGUAGCUUUUGUGUCGGUGGGGGCCAUCAACCCCGACGACGCUGUGGAGGUGGCUGUGCCGGCAGCCGUGGCGGCAGCGGCAGCAGCAGCGGCGCCCGGUGCCCCCGAGGGCGGCGGUGACAUCGAGAUGGCUGCCCCCGGGCAAGCGGCGGCACCGGCUGCAGCGCCGGUGGCGCCGCCAGCGGCGGACAGCGGCAGCAGCAGCGAUGACGGGGCGGCGGCGCGCGGGCCCGCGGCGCGGGAGGAGCAGCAGGUGUCGGCCGCCGCUGCCGGCUUCCAGCUUCUGGAGGUGAUUGAGGAUCUGAGCGGCAGCGAGCCGCAGCAGCAGCGGCAGCCCUGGAGGCAGCAAGGCCUGGCGGGUAGCGACGAGGAGGAUGAGCCUGAGGCCGAGGAGGGGCAUGCCGGGCUGGGCAGCUCGGGCGCACUGUACACGCGGAUGACGGCGCUGUCGCUGAGCGCCGCACCCGCGCACCCUGCCGGGACCAGCCCGCGCAGCGCACGCGGCAGUGCCGCCGCCGAGGGUAUAACCAACCCUGGGCGCCUGCUGGGGCUAGGGCUGGCGCUGGGGAUUGGGCCUGAGGUGUUUGGGGCUCCCGGCCCUGCCCAGGCGGCGGCCGCCGGCGCGCCGGCAACUGCCGCUGACUUGGAAGCUGACCUGUCGCCACUCAGCCCGCUGCUAUCCAAGUCACAGCUGCGCAAGCUGCAGCGCCGCGCCAGCAGAGGCAGCGGCGGUGGCGGCGGCGGGCCGCAGGAGCUGGGCCUUGGAGCUGCGGCUGCUCUGGCUGUGGCAGCCGGCGGCAGGCACCCAGGGCGCAAGGGCAAGCCCGGCAGGAGCAAGGCGGAGCGGCGGGGCCGUGGCGAGGGCCCCAUGCUCGCCGCCGCCGCCGCCGCUGCUGCCAGCGACGGCGAGGUGGAGGAGCAGAUGGGCAGCCUGGGUGGCGGUGCUGGCGGCAGCGGCGACGGCGGCGCCGCGCAGGAAAGAUUGGCGGCUGGCGACUAUGGCGACUUUGAGCGCCACACCACCGGCAUCGGCAGCAAGCUGCUGUCCAAGUGGGGCUUUGGCGGGGAGGGCGCGGGCCUGGGGCGCCAGCAGCAGGGCCGCUCCGAGCCGGUGCAGGCGGUACGCCGCGCCAAAGGGCUGGGCCUGGGCGCGGAGCGAUGA